GGCGAUUUUGGGUCUCGUCUAUCCGUCUCUCUAUCAGCUGAUCGUUCAAGUUUUCUACACAUAUACAAACGAUCAACGUUAGGCCCACCCCAGCGGUUUUGAAUUUUCGGCAAUAACAGGCUUAGAGCCAGCAGCUUCACAGCAGGUUGGUACGUAACCGAACCUGACCUGUUCGGCUGUCCUAAACAUUUGGCGGACUAGGUUUUUCGGCAACGGAGCAUACUCUUGUAAUUAAAACAGUUUGCAUCAGUCGGGCUGAUCGCAGUUCGCACGUGAGAUGAGUCGCGAACGGUCGUAAUCCCGAAAACGAAGUGUCCCGGCCAGGUGUUGAAUAGUGAAUAGUAGUUUGGUUUGCCGAAAAUUUAGGUUCAGUAUAGAAUGACGGUCGCCAGUGCUAUGGAGACACCGACGAAGGCCUCCUCCGGGGAUAUCCCUGUGGGGGAGGACAGUUCCGCGAAAAUGAAAAGGAUCUACAGUGAUACCAACAACAAUGAGAUAAUGAUGGGUGACGACGAGAGUGUCAGUGAUAAGGAGCUGAAACAGUACAUGGAACACUACGAUCAGUGGAAACAGUCCGCCGUCGGAAAGUGGCUCCAGGAUCAGCUUGCCGAUAAGUUCGGGUGGAAAUUCGGAGCUGAAAUCAAGUGGAAAAAUGUGGCCCUGAUCGGUGGAUUGCACAUUGCUACCGUGGUGCUGUUUUUCGUCUACGUGUGGGAAUCGACGCCAUGGACCUGGGUAUGGGGUUUCGUCGUGGGAGGAUUUGCCGGUUUCGGCGUCACGGCCGGUGCUCACCGGCUCUGGACACACAGAGCCUACAAAGCGAAGCUACCGCUGCGCAUCAUACUGAUGAUCUGCUUUUGUAUGUCCGGUCACAACAGUUUGUACCAGUGGGUCCGCGAUCAUCGAAUACAUCACAAAUACUCGGAAACCGAUGCCGAUCCGCACAACUCUAACCGGGGCUUCUUCUACGCCCACGUUGGUUGGCUGAUGCUCAGGAAGCACCCGGAGUGCAUCAAGAAAGGUCGUCUGAUCGAUAUGACCGAUCUGAUGGCCGAUCCGGUUGUCCAGUUCCAUCAAAAGUACUUUCCGUUACUGAAGACACUGUUCACCUACCUCAUUCCGUCGAUGGUGCCGUGGUACUUUUUCGGCGAAGGUUUCGUCCUGUCCUUCCUGGCUAACUGUCUGAUGCGAAACUCAUUGACUCUCAACUUCACUUGGUUGGUGAACAGUGCAGCGCACAUGUACGGUGAUCGGCCUUAUGAUAAUCGCAUUCGACCGGUGGAAAACAAAUACAUUUCCAUCGUCGCAAUGGGAGAGGGAUGGCACAACUACCAUCACGUGUUCCCCUGGGACUACAAAGCGGCCGAACUGGGCAACUAUCGUACAAACAUAACAACCUUCUGGCUGGAUCUGUUUGCCAAGAUUGGCUGGGCGUACGAUCUGAAGGAACCGUCGAAGGAAUUGGUUCAGCGAACAAUUGACAAAUACGGAGAUGGAACUUACAUCACUACCAAAAUCGAACAUCUCAGAGAAGAACCUGAUCCCUAUUUACUAAAGGCCCAGUAGACGUACUGACGUUCCAUUCCAAAUAGUAAAGCUCCGUGAGUGUGUUAAGUUUUAACAAAUAACCUAAUAUUGUUUUAAAAUAUAACGAAUUAAUUGUAAUUGAAA